AUGGCUCUUUUUACCAUUUUGGGGAUUUGCCUGUCUUGUUUGAUCUUUUUUUUCCUAUGGAAUCAGCACCGGAGCAAAGGGAAACUCCCACCUGGACCCACUCCUCUUCCAAUUGUUGGAAAUAUUUUGCAAGUGGAUGUUAAAAAUAUCAACAAAUCUCUGAGAACGCUAUCAAAAGAAUAUGGCCCCGUGUUCACCGUUUAUCUGGGCAUGAAACCCACGGUGGUGCUGUAUGGAUACGAUGUAUUGAAGGAAGCUCUGAUUGACCGGGGAGAUGAGUUUUCUGGAAAAACACAAUCGUCAAUACUCAGUCAAGUCAACCAAGGGUUAGGCAUCAUUUUCAGUGAUGGAGAAGUAUGGAAACAAACACGGCGUUUCUCCCUCAUGGUCUUACGGUCUAUGGGAAUGGGAAAGAAAAUUAUUGAAGACCGAAUUCAGGAGGAAGUCUCUUAUCUAUUGGAAGCACUGAGAAAAACCAAUGGAUCCCCCUGUGACCCCAGCUACCUUCUGGCCUGUGUUCCCUGCAAUGUGAUCUCUGCUGUCAUUUUCCAGCAUCGUUAUGACUACAAUGAUGAGAUAUUCCGAGAGUUCAUGGAACAGUCUUUUAGAACUCUUGAAGUUUUAGCCUCGCCUUGGGUUCAGUUGUGCAGUGCCUACCCUAUUUUAUACUCUCUCCCAGGAAGCCAUAAAAACUUCUUUAAAUAUGCAACUGAACAAAAAGAAUUUAUUUUGAAGGAAAUAAAAAGGAAUCAAGAUUCUCUGAGCCUCAGUAGCCCUCAGAACUUCAUUGACUAUUUUCUGAUUAGAAUGGAAAAGGCAAAUCAUUUAGAAUAUAUUGAAUUUACCAUGGAAAACCUGGUCAUCACCAUAUCGGAUCUUUUUGGUGCGGGCACAGAGACAACAAGUUCCACAAUGAAAUAUGGGCUUUUACUCCUGCUGAAGCACCCAGAGGUCACAGCUAAAAUUCAGGAAGAAAUUGUACGUGUGAUUGGCAGACAUCGGAGGCCCUGCAUGCAGGACAGGAACCACAUGCCCUACACAGAAGCUGUGCUGCAUGAGAUCCAGAGAUACAUUGAUUUUGUUCCCAUUCCCUUGCCUCGUAAAACAACACAGGACGUGAAAUUCAGAGGAUACCACAUUCCCAAGGGCACAAGUGUAAUGACAUGUCUGACUUCUGUCCUACAUGAUGACAAAGAAUUUCCCCACCCGGAGAAGUUUGACCCUGGUCACUUUCUGGAUGAAAAAGGCAACUUCAAGAAGAGUGACUACUUCUUGGCUUUUUCAGCAGGAAAAAGAGCUUGUAUUGGAGAAGGUCUGGCCCGCAUGGAGAUGUUUUUAAUCCUGACUAGCAUUUUACAGAAUUUUACUUUAAAACCUCUCGUGGAUCCAGAGGACAUCGACACCACCCCAGUUCAAAAUGGCUUAUUGUCUUUGCCUCCAUCUUAUGAGCUCUGUUUCAUUCCAGUCUGA